GGUUCUUCAUCAGAGCUCACACACGGACUCUGAGACGAUGGAUUACAAACUCUGAAUUAAAUUGCUAAUUACAAGUGAUCUUCAUACCUGCUGGCAUUUUGAACGUCAUAUUCUGACGCACUCGUAGGUUUUUUUUUUCUUCUUAAAAAUAUAGGCUACUCUAACAAUAUCUUCACAUUGAUAUACGCGCAAUGAUUUUGUUCGUUUACCAUUAACGGCGCAAUAUAGAUUUCACAUUUGUAACUUAUUUAUUGCUAAAAACGCCUUUGAAAACAAUGGACUUAAAAUACUGUAAAGUUCUACUUAUGACUCUCCUGACCGUUCAGGUUCGUAGUGACAUAGUAUCACCGUCAAAACAUCCAGGCCUGCAGGUGCUGGCCACAGCUUCACACUACUGGCCCCUGGAUUCAGUGGAAGGGAUCCACAGCCUUUCAGACCAGAUUGGGAACAGACCAGGUCAUGUUAAUGGGACUAAUAUAAACAUUGUAGAAGGAAUGGUGAAUAAGGGCAUCUAUCUGAACGGUGAUAAUGGGGCCACUUUCCUUCACUUUGGCAACUACAAAGACUCCUGCAUAAGUGAUCCUACUUUGUGUGGACCUGCCGGGAUAACUUUCUCCUUCUUCUGGAAAAAUAAUGAGGUAGAUUCUCGUUUUGCGAUUGCAUCCGGAGGUAAAGUCAUCUCAAGCGGUUUCUCUGUCUACUCCAACCCUCAUGGCGGAUACGUGGAGUUCUACACGAGAGGAGACUCCAAGACAUGGAAAGCACAUAUGAAACUUCCAGGGCCCUACUGGACACACGUGCUCUUCACAUGGACCCAGUUGGAGGGGUUAAAGGUCUACAUUAAUGGGACAUUCAGCGUCGGAGACCCCACAGGAAAUAUUUCUCAUAACUAUGGCGAUCCCUAUGCUGACCUGGUCAUUGGCACAGGAAACAAUGUGAAUUACAACCACUAUGCCACAGGGGCCUUUGAUGAGUUUGUGAUUUGGGAGAGGGCCUUGUCCCCUCAGGAUAUCUGGAUGUACUACAAAGCAGCCACUGGUGAGAAUGUGAUGUCCACCUUCCCAACCGAAGCAUCCAUCAAUGUCACUGCUGCAACAGAUACUCAGUUAAAGAGAACCACAGAGAUCCCCCGACCUACUUCCACAAACCUGACAGAGGAAGUUCAGAGACUUCAGGACCCCAUGCGGUUACAAACGCUCGACCUCCUUCAGUCUCUAUCAUUUAACUUUCCAAACAACACUAUACCUCAGGAAACAGCCAACAAUCUUACACAGUCUCUACUGAAAAGUGUGGAUGAGGUCAUAAUUGCCAGCGACUGGAGAGAAAAUGAUGAGUGGAGUCCAGUGGUCAGUGGGCUGGUGGAGACUGUGGAUAAAGUGAUGGUGCAUAUGGUCUCCAAGCUUCGGUCCAGCCCAGACGCAGAGGCUCCUUUGGCCAUAGGGGGCAAGAGCUCUGUAGCAGGUCAGUACACACUCCAAAACACUUCUUCAAACUUUCAUUUCUAG